AUGGAGUCCAUCCGGAAAUGGUUUUACAAGCCAAAAAAGGGAGACCGUUCGCUGUUAGCGCAAUUCUUUUACGCUGACGACGAAUUGAACGCCGUCGCGGCUGAACUGGACAGUUUCGACGGCAAAAAAGAUCCUCAGCGGUGUACUGCCCUCGUGAACCAUUUGCGACAAUGUCAGGACAAAGUCUUGACGAUUUGUAUUAAAAUCAUGGACGAGCUGAUACCUGGCGAACGGGCCAGUCGUGAUUUUCGUGUAAAGUUUCCAGACGACGUAAUUCAGGAUAAUCUGGCGGGACAGCUGUGGUUUGGCGCUGAGUGUCUAUCGGCGGGGUCGAGCAUAAUGAACCGGGAAGCAGAGAGCGGAGCUAUGAGGCCUUUGGCCCGGGCACUAACCAAAUCGCUGGAAAGAGUCCGGGGCCUCCUGAGGGACGCGAGCCUUUGCAGCGAUCAAACUCCGCCGUGCCUGCGCAACCUAAUAUCUUCGUUGUGCACGUUCGAUCAUCUGUUGGCUGAGUUUGAGUUGCGUUACGUGUCCGCGAUGGUGCCCGUCAAGACCGCCCACGAAUACGAACUCCAGCAACUCGUAGUCGUCUUGUUCUCCGAGACCCUACAAAGAGCGCUUGUCAAAGGUCUUCUGACCCAAGAGAUGGUUGACGACUAUGAUCCUGCCCUCAUGUUCACCAUUCCUCGUCUGGCCAUCGUGUCCGGUCUGUUAUUUUACCCAUACAUGUCACCCCUGUCCCUCGACCAAAACGCCACCGACAUGUCCGAUAUGUUUCGUCCAUUUCGAUCGUUAUUGAUGAAAAUCAGAGAGCUCCUACUCACCCUGUCCGACAAGGAGCUGUCAACGCUGGAGAGGAUGUUGUGUUCGUCCGAUGAGGUUAAGUUUGACGAGAAUUUGGCGGCAAAGAACCAACAGUUAUCGUGCCAGGAAACUAGCGACGAGGACUCCGAGUGCCUUUCGUCCAGUACUGCGGAACUGGUAUUGGACAACAGCGUUACCACUACCACUACCACCACCACCACUCCCGUAACUACCAUAGAACACUGCGGUACGAAAGGGUUUCCGCCGACGCCACCAUCGUCGCCGCAAGACCUUAUCAACAACAACAGCAACAGCAACCAAUGUAAUCCGUUGAUUAAACGAGCAUCGUUCGGAUCAACGAUCAUAUCAACGAACAACGCUGGCGAUCUGCAGCCCAACAUUGAAUUGAAAAGUUCAGUAGGAAACCGUCAGCAAUUGCAACAAUAUGAUUGCGGGGGUCUGGAGUCGUCGUCCGGUUCGACGCCGGAUGCAGACCUAACCGAGUCGCUGGCCACAGCUACAGAAGCUCUGACAGAGAUCCUGGUAAAGUCAACGAAUUUGGAACGUGAGAUCAGCAGGAACAACGGCGGUGGCGGAGCGUCUGUGGUUGUGGUGGUGGUCCAAGACGAUAAUGGAAACGAAAACGUGCCAUCGCCGAAGCUUCAUCCUAUAAAACAGCACCAAGCCCCCCCAAAUGUGUCAAGUAGUUCGACGCAAACAGAAUGUCCGCCAUCGAGUUCAUAUCGGUUGUGUUGUUGCAACAACUGGAACCGAUGGCGGUCGGCUGCAGUAGACAAUAAGAGAUGCCUGUCGCCGUCCAGUGGUGGAGGUGGUAGUGGUCGUCGUUGUUGUCAUCAUCAUCACAGAAGGAAAAAGACAAAUACCACAGCCGCUGCUUCCAACCGGAGUGGUGGUAAUGAAAGCUGCAGCAGCAGCAGCAGUAGUAGUGGUGAGACAAAAGCCUGGGAAAAGGUGCCUGUUGUCACUGCCGUCUCGACUAAGUACUCAAAGAGCUGGCGGGAACUGCGCAAGGCGACCAGCGCUGAUGGCAAACGGUCAGCAGAAGUGGUGAUUUGCCGCCUCCAAACCACAAGUUGUUGCAAUACCUCCAGAUGUGGUAGCGUUAAACCCGUGAUCAAGAAACAUGAAAUUUGUUCAAGCUGUUCUAGUUGUACGUCCUCAUCAGCAGAUGAGAGUGAUGAGAGCUUGACGGACAGCACAUCAACGGACAGUUCCUGUAAUUAUUCGUUACGUCGUCAAAAAGCUCGUGCUAAGUUCAGAUCUGAUGAAGACUUAUUGCAUCGACUGUUUGUAUGCAUAUCGGGAGUGGCUGACCAACUGCAGACUAACUUUGCUGGAGACUUACGUAAUAUACUUAAGGCAGUGUUUCUCAUGUCUAAUUCUAAUUGCGGCAAUGAUAGUCAACAGAACUUGGAAGUAAUUCCUGUGAUGAAUAACCCAGCUGCAGUGAUCGACAUCGAAAAUGGAGAAGAGGCGCUUGUUUGGAGAGGUGAAGCUAUGAUUAAUGAUAUGUUAUCCACUUCAACAGAAACUCCACCACCCUGGAUACCUGACAAUGAGGCUCCUGUAUGCAUGUCUUGCAAAGCUAUGUUCACUGUGGUCCGAAGACGUCAUCAUUGUCGAAAUUGUGGCAAAGUAUUCUGUUCUCGGUGCAGUUCAAACUCUGUUCCUUUGCCCAGAUUUGGGCAUUUGAAGCCAGUGCGUGUGUGCAAUCGUUGUUUUAUCUAUCAGGUUACACCAUUCACAUUAGAGCAUUCAAUUGGACCAGUUCCGAUUGUCAUGCAGUCUUAAUUAAUUAUAGUCCAUCAAUUUUUUGUGAUUCUCCUCUCCCCUCGCCCAAAACCUCUUCUCCCAAACAUUCCAAAAAAAUAAAGAAACAUCUUUAUUUUUUGUGUUACCAUUUUAUCCUAAUUGACUGUUUGUUUCUUCCCUUUUAAUCUUUUGCUUUAUUUACUUUUUUCCCAUCUAUGAAUAUUCUGUUCCUAACAGUUAUAAUAUUAAUUAGUUGUGUGCAAAUAAAUUGAUGUCUUGAACAACAUUUCGUUGUUGAUUCAACAAUUUAACUUUAAUGAAUGCAUUUGUUAUUGUAUUUUCUUUUAUAAAAUUAAUUUAAUGAUAAUAUUAUUACAUGUAAGAUUCAUAACAAUGAUACUGAUAACUGUUAUUGGCGUGUAUUAUAAUGUGUUGUUAGACAAAACAAUUCUAUUAUAAAUACUUUUUUGAUACUAAAAUAGCUGCUCAAUAAUGUUUUUUUGCCCACAUUUAGUCCUGUUGUUUGAACUUUCUUAUCUUAAACUUAUAAAAAUCACAAAGUUAUAUCUAAUUAUUAUUACUUACUAUCAUAAUAAUUAAUAUUAAUACAGUUUUUAUUAUUAUCAUUUUUUCAAAUUAGUUUUAGAAAUCAAACUUAAGUUUCCUCUAUCAAUCUUUAUUUAAAUUAUAUGUUUUAAUCAUACCAAUAAACUUUGUUCACUCGGUCUAUCAAUAUUAGAUUAAUGAUCAAAAAUGGCUGUGGAUUUUAUUCUUAAUGAUCAUUGUUCUAUAAUAUCAAUACACUAUUGUAAUGUGUACCUUGUAUUAAGCAUUUUUAAGUUGUUUUUUUUUAUAGUUAUUAAACAUUAGUACAAUGGUAAAAAGAAACACUCUGAUUAAGAAUAAUAAGGAUGAAUACAUUUUCAAUCAUACAUGCAUGGUGUGACUUGUACAUUUAUAGAAAAUAAAAAUCAUUAAUGAUUUAUUAAAAA